GCCAGAGGAUCAGCUAUGUAUUCUUUGGCUCCAUUCCCUUCCUCCAAAUUCCACUUUUUCUCUUUUCGAUUUCCAUUUACUUCUUCUCCUUCUCCUUCUCCUUCUCGAGUUGUCUGUCACGGUGGUUCCGAUUUACAGUAUGUUCCCUGCGACCUCAAGCUCGUCUUGCAUGAUACUCUUGAUUCCUCUGGAAUCGACACUACUCAUGCCAGAGAAGCAAGGAAGGAAUUCUGCUCACAGAUUCAGAGAUUCUGUUGUAUCGAGAGGCAAACCAGCAUCAGCAUCAAUAGAUGUGUUGACCUGGGAAGAACUGCUUUAUGUAUAGGUGCAGAGGAUGAUUCUCUUGUAUCACAUUCGUCUGUUCCACUACCGGUCGAUGCUUUCAUCGAAAGAUUGGAUGAUCUUUCAAUGGACUAUUGUCCUCACUACAGCCCAUCAUUGGACUCAUCCCCAGAGAAUUUCUUAGAGAGUUUAGAAAGAUAUCUGUAUGGUCACAAGGGUUUUCGAAGAACCAGUGCAAAUCAGAUGGAAUCACAAGCCCUAUAUCUCCACUCUGUUUUGACACAUCGUUCAGGAACAGUUGCAAUGCUUGCACUUAUAUACUCAGAAAUUCUGAAAAUGCUUCGUCUUUGGGGCCUUGUGAACUUUGAUGCUGAAAUUUUCUUUCCUCAUGAUUUUCAUGGCCUUCCCAGAGGUUACCAUAAACAAAAAAGCAAGGAAUCAGACCAAGCACACGUAAUGACUUCAGAAAAUCUGUUAUAUGAGAUCCUGAAUAAUCUCAAGCAUUCAUUCUGGCCUUUUCAACAUGAUCAUACCAAAAGCUUAUUCUUAAGGGCAGCACAUGCUGCAAAUUGCGUUGACAGAUCAGAUUUUAUUGGAGAAAGUGGCUCUCAACUAGCAUCUGCUAAGGCUGCUCAACAUAGGCUAGAUCGGGGUGUUUGGACCAGUGUACGUUUAGGGGACAUGAGGCGUUCAUUGGCUGCUUGCGAACGUCUACUCCUUCUGAAAUCUGAUGCAAAUGAAUUAAGAGACUACGGCACUCUUCUCUACCAUUGUGGACUUUAUAAUCAGGCAUUGGAAUAUUUGAAAUUGUACAAGGAUUUGAAGAGCUCAUCGAUGCAAACUCAGUCAUCAAACUCUUUGAGCAGCAUCGAAGAAGAUGCUGUGGAUAAACUGAUUACACGCUUGAAUCUCAUCUUGAUGGAACAAGGGUGGAGUCGCCCAUCUUAUGUCAGAAACUUUUUCAAUAAUAACUCUGAACCAUGGUAGCUUACCUUCCACUUUUUACUGAGGCAAUGCCGGGGCCGAUGUGAAUUUUCGCACACAGUAAAGGAAUGUUCACAGUACUUGGCAGCAAGUUUCAAUGAAUUUUACAACAAUGAAGAGUGGAUUCAUGGCAUGGAUGAUGAAGACGUUGUACCUAUAUCGGUCAUGAUUGGCCAAAAAAUUAAACGGUGGUAGCAACCGGAAAUUGCAGAGAAAUCCUAGAGGAAGACAUUACAUUGUUUGGUUGAUGCAAUGAUCAACCCUCUUUUUGUGGGUAGAAAAUAGCAUGGCCAUGUGCAUAAAUAAUAACGUCUGGAAAAAAAGAGUGGAGAAUUGGUGUUUCUGAAGGGUGUGUAUAUGUAUGUGUGUGUAUAUAUAUACACACAAUGAAUUUGUAGAAUUAUAAUAAGCAGAACCUGUUUGUAUGUACCCGUUGUAUUCAAGAUGCUUGUGAUUUUCUCAUCAAGUCGUCACAAGCAGGAGGAAUAUAUAAUGAGAUCUUGA